CACCACUGUGCCGGGUUGUUAUAAAACAGGGAAUGAGAAAUGAGGAAAUGAGGAAAUAAGAAAUAGGAAAUGAGGAAAUGAAGAAAUGAGAACGAGAAAUGAGCUGUUAGGCAGAGCAUAUCUAUGGGCAGAGCAAGUCUGAAGACAAAGCUAACAUCUACUGAGCUACAGGUUCGUACAUGGAAGAUGCACUUGUACACAAUAGUCCAGAUAGUGUGUGUGGCUUCUCUGUUCGGGGUCAAGAACUCCCCGGCUGGUAUGCUGUAUCCUGUCAUCAUCAUCGCCCUCCUCCCACUCAAGUGGGUCCUCGACAGAUACUUCUACUCUCAUGACGAGAUAGAGGCGCUGGACAGUGAGGAGGACUUCCCAGAGGACCACACCGGACACAGGGAGGAGGAGUUUGGAGAGUUUGAGGCCCACGUCCCUUAUUAGCUCCCUUAUCAACUGACCAUUAAUAGACAUGUGUGUGUGUGUGUGUGUGUGUGUACAAGUCCUAUCAGUUCAUGGAACGUGUAUUUCAUGGCCUUGAUUUUCUUUUUGUGCUUUUGUGUUGUAUAAUUAUAGU